UUAGCUCUAAAUUAAAUAAAAAUUAUAGUUUACUUUCAAAAUAAUUUCCAAAGGCAAUCACCCUUUAUAUGAAAUUAACAUGGGAUUUUUAAAGACUAUUCUUAAAGUAUUAGGAAUAGAAAAUUUUACACUUAGUUUCAUAAUAAUCAUCUUAACACUUUUUUUUCUUCUACAUAUUUUUCCCCAACUAUACCAAAAAGAUCCGUCAAAACCUCCUGUAGUAUUUCAUUGGUUUCCUUUUAUUGGGUCAACUAUUCAAUAUGGCUUGGACCCAUAUAAGUUUUUUCAAAAACAAAAAAAAAAGCAUGGAAAUAUUUUUACUUUUAUUUUACUCGGAAAAAAAAUGACAGUAGCAUUAGGACCUAAAGGCAAUGAUUUAGUUUUUAAUGGAAAAUUAUCAAGUUUAUCAGCAGAAGAAGCAUAUACUCGUCUGACAACACCCGUUUUUGGCACGGAUGUCGUUUAUGAUGUUCCUAAUCACGUAUUAAUGGAACAAAAAAAAUUUGUAAAAACUGGUCUUACUAUAGAAACAUUUAGAACAUAUGUACCAUUAAUUGUCGAAGAAGUAAAAAUGUACUUGGAAACUAGUCCAAUUUUUGGAAAGAAUAAACUGUCUGGUAUCUCAUCUUUAAUGAAAGCUUUGCCUGAAAUAACAAUUUUUACUGCAUCUCGUACUCUUCAAGGGAAAGAAGUACGCAAUAAUUUUGACGCAUCAUUCGCGAAGCUUUAUCAUGACUUAGAUGGGGGAUUUACUCCAAUUAAUUUUUUAAUUCCUUGGUUACCACUUCCAAAAAAUCGUCUACGUGAUGCUGCUCAAAAAAAAAUGGCACAGAUUUAUAUGGACAUUAUAAAGCAAAGAAGAAAAACAUGUCAACAUGAAGAAGAAGACAUGAUUUGGAAUCUUAUGAAUCAACAUUACAAAGAUGGCCGUAAAUUAACAGAUAAAGAAAUUGCUCAUUUAAUGAUUGCUAUAUUAAUGGCCGGCCAGCAUACCAGUGCAGCAACAGGAUGUUGGGCCCUAUUACAUCUUGCAGAAAAACCAGAAUAUAUUAAACUAUUACUUGAGGAACAAAGAAAAGUAUUUGGAGACAAUUUAGACAAUCUAACAUAUGACAAUCUUAAGGAUAUGGAAUUGUUGUCUUAUGUAAUAAGAGAAACUCUAAGAUUACAUCCUCCUCUUCAUAGUAUAAUAAGAAAAGUUAAAUCACCAAUUCUAAUAGAAGACUCACUCUACAUUGUCCCUGAAAAUCAUUAUUUGUUAGCAGCGCCAGGCAUCAGCUCAAUUGAUGAAGAAUACUUUAAAAAUGCAUUAGAAUUUAUACCUGAAAGAUGGAAAUACGAAAAAAAUACAGAAAAUCCCGAUAAAAUUGAUUACGGAUAUGGUUUAGUUACUAAGGGAGCAUUUUCACCCUAUUUACCAUUUGGCGCAGGAAGACAUAGAUGUAUUGGGGAGCAAUUUGCAUACAUGCAACUCGGUACAAUUAUUACAACAUUUGUUCAUGAAUUAGAAUGGACUCUACCAAAAAAUCAAACUACUAUUCCAAAACCUGACUACGCUAGUAUGGUUGUAUUGCCAGAAAGACCUUCUAACAUUGAAUGGAGAAAAAGACAAAGAAAUUAA